CUACCUUCUGCGCAUGCGCGCGACGAUCCCAUUCUUGUGCUGCAGGCAGCAUUCCGGGUGGAGAGAGAAAAACACGAUUCUUAGGCCAUAUACCGAAACAACACUAAGAGAUAAUUUGCCAAGACCAUCAACAGUCUUCAAACUGAUUAUGGGCUUUCCGGGGAAGAUCCCAGGAAUACACGUGGAGAUGUGAUCUGGCCUUCAUCCUUCACGAUUUGCCACUUUGAUUGUUGCUCUCCAAAACCACCGUUGCAAACACUGCAGCAGUGGUUUGGCUCCAAGUAAAACCCCAAGUUAGAGGCACUAGUAAACUUUCCCCAGCUGCUGCCUUGACACACAUGGUGCAUUGCUGCCAUUCCCAAAGCCCGACUCCAUCAGUCUCGAGGGCCCAGCCACUAGCUUGCUGGUGUGCUUACAGUAGCCACAAAAAGAAGGAGGGUCCUUUUGGAUAAUUGUUUACCCAGUCACCAAUAUAAAUUCAAGUGUUGGGGUUUACAGAAACUUCCUGAGGCUUUGAGUUCUCAGGAUAUUUUGUAAUCAUCCAAUCAAAAUCUGUGAAGACUGACAAACACAGGGAAGGUGAUUAUUUUAGCCCAGGUUGAUGGAGUACAACAUGGAGAGCUGUCUAGCUCAGGUCCUGCAGAAAGAUGUGGGCCGUCGUCUUCAGGUGGGCCAAGAGAUCAUCGAUUACAUCUUGGAUAAAGAGAAGUCUCAUGAUCUGGAACAGGAUCAGACUGCACUUGAUAAGAUGGUUGAUGGCAUUGCCACCUCCUGGGUCAAUUCCAGCAACUUCAAGGUGGCUCUGCUAGGCUUGGAUCUCCUCGCUGCUUUAGUGACGAGAUUACAGGAGAGAUUUAGGGCUCAUGUUGGAACAGCUCUACCUAGUCUUAUUGAUCGAUUGGGAGAUGCCAAAGACCAAGUCAGAGAACAAGACCAAGCACUGUUGCUUAGGAUCAUGGAACAAGCUGCAUCUCCACAGUACGUGUGGGAUCGAAUGCUUGGAGGCUUCAAACAUAAGAACAACAGGACCAGGGAAGGAGUCUGCCUUUGCCUUAUUGCCACAUUGACCAUAUAUGGAGCUCAAGGCUUGACUCUCAGUAAGAUUGUACCCCACAUAUGUAACUUGUUGGGGGAUCCCACAAGCCAGGUACGAGACGGAGCUAUGAGUUGUUUGGUGGAGAUCUACCGCCAUGUGGGUGAGAGAGUGAGGAUGGAUCUCAGCAAGAAGGGCUUGCCUCAGUCACGAUUGAAUGUAAUCUUCAGCAAAUUUGAUGAAGUUCAGAGAUCUGGGAACAUGAUCCCCUCUUCAGGCUCAGAUAAGAAUUUUGAAGAUGAAGACUCAGUUGAUGGAGGCCGGUCCUCCUCUUCCUCAUCCUCCAAAACACCUAGUGUCAGGCGGACUGUAAUGACUGCUAGAAGACCCAGCUCAGCAACCUCAGCUAAGGCCACAGGUAAAGAAGCAGCUGCCGGUGCCGUUGAUGAAGAGGAUUUCAUCAAAUCUUUUGAAGAUGUGCCCUCUGUCCAGAUUUACUCUAACAGAGAGCUGGAAGACCAAUUGACGAAGAUUAGAGAAAUUCUGUCAGAUGACAAGCAUGACUGGGAGCACAGAGUGGUCGCGCUGAAAAAGGUUCGCUCACUCAUGCUGGCUGGCGCAGCAGAAUAUGAAGGCUUUCCUCAGCAACUGCGUCUGUUGGAGGCACCACUCAAAUUGUCAGCUAAAGAUCUACGCUCACAGGUGGUCCGCGAGGCCUGCAUCACUCUAGGAUAUUUUUCAUCGCUGCUGGGUAACAAGUUUGACCAUGGAGCUGAGAGCGCCAUGCCUAUACUCCUGAACCUUGUGCCCAACAGUGCCAAAGUCAUGGCCACAUCUGGAAUGGCUGCUAUCCGCCUCAUUCUCAGGCAUACACACUACCCACGUCUUAUCCCUAUCAUUACAAGUAACUGCACCUCCAAAUCAGUUGCAGUCAGGCGACGUUGUUAUGAAUUUUUAGAACUGAUGCUCCAAGAGUGGCACACUAGUACAUUGGAAAGGCAUGUGGCUGUUUUGACUGAGACCAUCAAGAAAGGCAUACAUGAUGCCGACUCAGAGGCCAGAUCCAUUGCAAGAAAGUGUUAUUGGGGUUUCCAUGGCCACUAUAGCCGAGAAGCAGAGCAUCUCUUCCAAGCGCUGGAGUCCACAUAUCAAAAAGCACUUCAGACUCAUUUGAAGAGCUCUGACAGCAUUGUGUCUCUACCCCAGUCGGAUCGUUCCUCGUCAUCUUCCCAGGAGAGUCUGAACCGACCCCUCUCUGUGAAGACUGUCAUUGGAGGCAGCAUAGGGAGAACUAAACUCGUUAGUACACGGAUGCCCAUUACAUCGGGUUCCCUCCAGCGUUCGCGUAGCGACGUCGAUGUAAAUGCUGCGUCCAGCGCCAAGUCAAGAGUGUCUACUGUUCCUGCGUCUCCGGCAUUCAGCUCAGCAGCUGCCCUUCCACCUGGAUCCUAUGCAUCAUUAGAUGGCACCCCUGGUAAAAGUGAUGGUCGUGUUCGUACCAGAAGGCAAAGUUCUGGCAGUGCAAGCGGAGCCAGUCCUUCAGUGGUAGACAGUCGAGGUCGGAGCCGGGCCAAAGUGGUUUCUCAGUCUCAGCGAUCCAGAUCAGCCAAUCCCAUCAGUGCUGGCAGUCGCUCCAGCUCCCCAGGCAAACUGCUUGGACACGGCAGCUACGGUCGGAUCCCUCGGGCAACAGUUUCUGCCUCUAACACACCAGCUGACAAACGCAGUAGGAUUCCUCGCAGCCAAGGAUGCAGCCGAGAGACCAGCCCAAGUCGAAUGGGCUUAGCCAGCUUGUGUGGUAAAAAACCUCUUCUCCCUGCUGCUCUUCCCUACCGCACGCUAGCCCGGAGCCGCAUACCCCGCCCCAGCAUGAGUCAGGGUUGCAGUCGCGACACUAGUCGCGAGAGCAGCCGCGACACAAGCCCAGCUCGUGGCUUUACUCCUCUGGCUUCCCGACGGCAUUCCCGUUCAACAAGUGCUCUCACAGCUGACCCUCAUGGCCAGUCAGAGCGUUAUGGUUUGAUUCACCAAGCUAGAAUCUCAGCGUCAGUCAAUGCGAUGAGGGUUCUUAAUACUGGCACGGAGGUGGAGGCAGCAGUUGCUGAUGCUCUGCUGUUAGGAGACUCCAGGAAUAAGAGGAAGCCAAUGAGGCGGAGGUACGAAUCCCCAGGGAUGUACUCCGAUGAUGAUGCCAACAGCGAUGCAUCCAGUGCCUGCUCAGAACGCUCGUAUGGUUCAAGAAAUGGCGGCAUUCCCCAUUAUCUUCGCCAGACUGAGGACGUGGCGGAAGUCCUGAACCACUGUGCCAGCUCUAAUUGGUCAGAGCGCAAGGAGGGCCUUCUGGGAUUGCAGAAUCUCCUCAAAGGUCAACGAAUACUGAGCCGAGUGGAGCUGAAGAGACUUUGUGAAAUCUUCACAAGGAUGUUUGCAGAUCCACACAGCAAGAGAGUGUUCAGCAUGUUCCUCGAGACCCUAGUGGAUUUCAUCACAGUACAUCGAGAGGACUUGCAGGACUGGCUGUUCGUCCUUCUCACCCAAUUGCUUAAAAAGAUGGGGGCAGACCUGCUCGGCUCAGUCCAAGCCAAAGUCCAAAAGGCCUUAGAUAUCACAAGGGAGUCCUUCCCAUUUGACCAACAGUUCAAUAUUUUGAUGAGAUUCAUUGUUGAUCAGACACAGACGCCAAACCUCAAGGUAAAGGUGGCUAUUUUGAAAUAUAUUGAGUCUUUGGCACGGCAAAUGGACCCAACUGACUUUAUCAACUCCAGUGAGACUCGCCUGGCUGUAUCACGCAUUAUCACUUGGACCACUGAACCCAAAAGUUCUGAUGUCAGGAAGACCCUACAUAACUGGGUGAGUGAGGAACUAGCUGGUGGAGUCAUUACUACAGCCUUACUGUCCAGUGAGGGCAACCCAGAAGAGAGGUGUAAGCAGGCUGCCCAGGUGGUGCUUAUAUCAUUGUUUGAGCUCAACACACCAGAGUUUACUAUGCUGCUAGGAGCUCUGCCCAAGACCUUUCAGGAUGGCGCCACCAAAUUAUUGCACAACCACCUGAAGAACUCCAGCAAUGCAAGUAGCGGUGUGGGUUCUCCAAGUAACACUAUUGGUCGUAUGACACCUCGCAACACGGCCAGUCGAACCAGCCCACUGACCUCUCCAACCAACUGCUCACACGGAGGAAUGUCUCCAAGUCGGUUAUGGGGUUGGGGUGUCGAAGGACUGUCAAAGCAACCCCCUGCCCCUACUCCUCUUCCUCCGCCUAACUCCACCUCUGCUGCCCCUUCUUUCAGGGUCCUGCGCAGAACACAUUCACCCAGCGUGAUGGAGUAUGACACUGAGAACAUGAACUCAGAGGACAUUUAUAGCUCACUCCGUGGUGUCACUGAGGCCAUCCAAAGCUUUAGCUACCGCAGCCAGGAGGACCUGAAUGAGUCAAUCAGACGAGAGGGCAAGCGAGAUGAUGCAGCCGGGAGAGAAGGAAUAGCUUCAACGCCUGGUUCAGAAGCUCGCCUGGGCUUGGAUGUACCAGAAGGGGGUCGUACUGCUUUGGACAACAAAACUUCACUGCUCAAUACGCCAUCACCGCGUUCCUUCUCUGGGCCAAGAAGUCGGGAGUUUGCGCCUUACGGCCAUGGUGAAACAAUCUGCACCUACGACAAGAGUGCCCUAAAGGAGGCUGUUUUUGAUGAUGACGUGGAACAGUUUCGUGACUGCCGGCGCAAAGAAAGUGGCGAAAAUACAAUGAUGCUCUCUGUUGGUCAGGACAACUCUGACAUGGUCGCCGACCUGCUUAAGGAAUUGUCCAAUCACAAUGAACGCUCGGAGGAACGUAAAGGUGCCCUGGUGGAGCUUCUGAAGAUCACGCGAGAAGACAGCCUGGCUGUGUGGGAUGAACAUUUUAAAACUAUCCUUCUCCUUUUGCUCGAAACACUGGGUGAUAAAGAUCAUACUAUCCGAGCCUUGGCGCUGCGUGUGCUGAAAGAAAUACUCAAGAACCAACCAGCUCGGUUCAAGAAUUAUGCGGAGCUUACCAUCAUGAAGACCCUGGAGGCCCACAAAGAUUCUUACAAAGAGGUGGUGCGUGCAGCCGAGGAAGCUGCAUCAACAUUGGCUGGAUCCAUCCAUCCAGAACAGUGUGUCAAGGUGCUGUGUCCAAUUGUGCAGACAGCCGAUUACCCAAUCAACCUGGCUGCCAUCAAGAUGGAAACCAAAGUCAUUGAACGCAUUCCCAAGGACUCACUAAUACAACUGCUGGUGGACAUCAUCCCGGGACUCUUGCAGGGCUAUGACAACACAGAGAGCAGCGUUCGCAAAGCCAGCGUGUUCUGUCUGGUGGCUAUAUACUCGGUAAUUGGUGAGGAGCUCAAACCCCAUCUGGCACAGCUCACCGGCAGCAAGAUGAAAUUACUGAAUCUGUACAUCAAGCGGGCCCAGACCACAAACAGCAAUAGCAGCAGUUCCUCAGAUGUCUCCUGUCACAGUUAAUGGAGAAAUCUUUAGCUGGAAAUCAUGCAGAUGAACGUCGCCAUCCAUCCCGUGGGCCCAAUGACUUAAAAUAUCACAUCCUCCUCUUGAAAUCACUUUUUUCUUUUCUUUUUUAGCACGCUUGUUCUGAAAACAUUGGAAUGUAGUUUGGAUAUGGAGCUAUCUCUUUUCUACCUUUGUAGAUCCCGUACCAAUCAUUAUUGUGUACUAUUCACUGUUAUGUUUCGCCUUUAUUUAGCGCUUUAGCUAAAUAAAACUUGUUGGUAAAAUAAAAUGAAUAAAAACAAAUACUGUAUAUAUAAAAAUGAUUUAAAUCAAAUGAGAAAAAAGCAUUAGUACUGUAUUCUAAUUUCAGGUAGUAUUUUAAGUAUACCGGCGCACAGAGAUGCCUCUGCGUUGAAUGUUUUUUUUUUUUAUAUAUAAUUUUAAAUGGCAAGUGGCUUCAAUUGAUUGAAUCCCCUCUGUGUAGAAAGUACAGUGUAAUGUAAAACAUGUUUUUCUCAAGAUGGAGUUGUGUGUGAGACUGCUGUUCCAACUUGAGUGAAAAGAGAGUUUGUAAAUAUUGCAAUAGUCUUUUCUAGCUGGGAGUUGGGAGAGACCAACAAUAUGACGCUGCAGCCUUGCUCAUGUCAUGCACACAGUAAGCUUCUUCACGGCGACUGCAGCGACUGACUGGCAUGUACAAAACUGUAAACUAUCAGCUUAUGAAAACUGUGAAUAUUGCGGGUGGGGGUGGAUACUGACCCUUGUAAAGAUGCAAGCAGUUUUCUCCAGUGUGUAACGACAGCCUCUACGGUAAUGAGAUGCACCACACGUUAGUUUGUUUGGACACCUUUAGACCUCUGCUUUGCAGCAUUUUUGUUAAAUCUAAGUUGCCUGUGUUGGAUUUUUCCACGUUAGCCUGCAUUUAACUUGCAGCACAUUGUCUGUGUGAAGGGCCCAGGUUAUUGGCUGUUCAAGUGCACUUGCAACAUUGUAUUACUCACUUCAUUACUUCAAUAUGUGUUUGGUCGACAUACCUUUCGGACAGAUUGUUUUAAUUUUAGCAUCUAAUUUACAGUAAGGUAUGAUGAAGCUUUAAAUGUUUGCAAAGUCAACUACUUUUCUUGGGUUAACUUAAAUGUGAUAAUAUAGAAUACAAUCUACUUUUUGAAAUUCAGCUGCUGUACAACGCCUCUCUACUUGAUGUGAUGAGUGAUGUGACAGAGAAUCCCAGGCAAAUAGGCCCGUUCUUCUGACUCAAGUAAAAUGAAUGAAUAUAAUUUUCGCUGAAACGUUGUUUUUUGUUUGUUUGUUUGUUUGUUUGUUUGUUUGUUUGUUUGUUUGUUUGUUUGUUUGUCUUUUAAGAAUAUCACAUUAGAGGUACCGAAAGUGACGUGUAGCCCUCAUACAGGCUAUUACACUUCUUUAAUUUAACUAGUCUUACACUUCUUUAAUUUGACAUCUUUUGAGGGUUUAAAUAAUUGCCAAGCCUGUUUGCUGUCAAAUGAAAAAUAAUUUUGUCAGACUUUUACUCUGUGUACAGGGGAGUCAAUUAUUACUCUGUCCAUACACGGGUGAGGCAGUAUUCUAAUUUCAAACCAUUAUUUUUUGUUUUAUUUUAUUUUACCAUGCAAAAUGUGUGCCCAUAUUUAUUUUCACUUAAUAUUUUAUUUUAUUUCUUUACAUUGUACAGAAGGAUGUUUUUGUUAACAACCACCCUUGAUAGACUUGCAACAAUCAAAAUUGUUUGCUUGCAUAAUAAACAGACUUGAUGAUCUGGAA